CCGGAGGAGGAUCAACCUGCUUCCGGUUCAUUUGAAACAUUUUUUUUUCCACCCCCCGCCUUCAAUUCUCCUUUCCGCAAUCGGAAGUCUAUUUUUAAAACCGUGAUCAUCUUGUCACAUGGCUUUGGAGAAUUCAAUAACAACAAAAAAAUGGCGACACUCACGUUGCUCCGUGUGCUCUUGCUGCGUCAUUAAAAAUAUUCAUGUCAACACGGGAUGCUAAACGGGCGGAAAGCAGUGCAGAGGGUUGGACUGGAACAGGAGGAGGAGGAGGAGGAGGAGGAGGCGCCGCCACUCAGAACAGACACCACCCGCGGGGGCGGAGCCUGCGAGGAGAAUCAUAACAAGUCUGACAUCACUCGCCCUUUGGAACCGAUUCUGGAUGCCACAUCAUUGGGUGAUGGAGUUGAGCAGGCUCCUCUGUGGAAAAAUGAAGCGAUCCAACAGGAGGACCCAACUCACCUCUUCUCCUUCUUCCUCUUGGGGCUUGGAAAUCCACUUUUAUUUACCAGAUGUACAUCAGCUGGAGUUCUUCAAAGGUUGCUACACUUCAGAGGAUCUGUGUGUGGAGGCUGCCAAGAAAUGCUCGAUUUCUCCUUUGUGCCAUAACCUCUUUGGGCUGUACAAUGAGGUGACUGGCAUGUGGUGCCCACCAAACUAUGAGUUCAAGAUCACGGAUGAGACCAGCAUUAAGUUACAUUAUCGCAUGAGGUUUUAUUUCAGGAAUUGGCAUGGCACCAAUGAAGGCGAGUCUCCAGUUUGGAGACAUUGCAUCAGUAAAAUUAAAGGAGGCCAGCAGAAAACACCUGAAGGAACACCACUCUUGGACGCUGCAUCACUGGACUACCUGUUUUACCAGGGCCAGCAUGAUUUUCACACGGGUAUGGUACCCCUUCGAACAUGCCUGUCUGAGGCAGAGCAGCAUGAGAUCGAAAAUGAGUGCCUGGGAAUGGCUGUGCUAGCCAUUACCCACUAUGCCAUGAGCAUGGGUGUGCCCCUGCCCGCUGCUUCUCAAGAACUCAACUUUAAGGGUUUCAUUCCAGAGGCGCUGAACGCAAACAUAAAGCAGCGUAACAUUUUGACCCGCAUCCGCAUCAACAAUGUCUUCAAGAAAUUCCUCAGUGAGUUCAACCACCGAACCGUCAAGGUCAGCGACAUCACUUUGUACGACCUGAAGAUAAAGUAUCUGGCUACUCUGGAGGGGCUGACCAAUGGCCUGGGCUGUGAGUUAAUGGAGCCAAUUUCACUCAGUGUAACACAAGAAGGAGACGUCGUGAAUGGAGGAAAUUUUGCAUACUACAACCAGAUCCAAGGACAGAGGCAAAACCAGGGCAUGGAUACUUGGCAUGAUGUACAAGUAUGCGUGUCUGGUACAACAGGCAUUUCCUGGAGGAAGAAGCCCCCCAGAAUACUGGUGAUUUCUAAAGAGAAAGGAAGGUCAAAGAAGAACAAGUUAAAUGGAAAUCUGAGAAAAAAUGAAGCUGAUGACGGCUGGGAGAGAUUCUGCGACUUCCAUGAGAUCAUGCAUGCUGCCAUCAAAGAGGCCACAGUCACAAUUCACAGACAGGAUCACAAGAAAAUGGAGCUGCGUAUGGCAUCUUGGACUGAGGCUCUAUCCUUUACAGCCCUUGUGGAUGGAUACUUCAGGCUAACAGUGGAUGCCCACCACUACCUGUGCAAGGAGGUGGCUCCCUCUUCAGUGGUGCACAACAUCAAGAAUGGCUGCCAUGGCCCCAUUUGUACGGAGUAUGCCAUCCAAAAACUGCGUCAGGAGGGUAAUGAGGAGGGCAUGUACAUUCUACGCUGGAGCUGCACUGACUACCAGUACAUCAUCAUCACUGUGGUGUGCAAUGAGCUUGACCUCAGGGAAUCCCGCCCUGUGCGACAGUAUAAAAACUUCCAGAUUGAAGUGACUCCGGAUGAGUUCCGCCUUUAUGGCACAGAAACAACAAGGCCCACUCUAAGGGCGCUAUUGGAGCACCUGGAGCGCCAGAGUCUUCGCUCUGACAAUCUCCACUUCCAUCUGCUCUGCUGCUGUCCUCCUCAACCUCGAGAGAUCUCCAAUUUGCUGGUGGUCACAAAUGAUAGAGCACCGGUACCACAGACACCGAUGCAGGACUGCCAGGUCAUUAUCCAUCGCAUACACAAGGAAGAAAUUGAACAGGAGGAGCAUCUUGGUCUCGGCACAAGAACAAACAUCUUCUGCGGAACGCUGAGGGUAAAAAGUGAUGAGGAUGCAGGUUACGGAUCCUUCCAAGAGUUUAAGGUGGUGCUCAAAGUGCUGGGUUCGGGACACAGAGAUAUUUCCCUGGCCUUCUUUGAGACAGCAAGUAUGAUGCGGCAAGUUUCCCAUAAGCACAUCGUGCUGCUGUAUGGCGUUUGUGUUCGCCAUCUGGAGAAUAUCAUUGUGGAAGAGUUUGUGGAACAAGGACCACUGGAUUUGUUCAUGAGGAGACAGCAAAACCCACUUAGCACAGCUUGGAAGUUCCAGGUGGCCAAGCAGCUGGCUUCAGCUCUCAGCUAUUUGGAGGACAAAAAAUUGGUCCAUGGCUUCGUGUGUGCAAAGAACAUUUUGUUGGCUCGAGAUGGCCUGGACGCUGAUGAAGGAGGACCCUUUAUCAAGCUCAGUGACCCAGGAAUACCAGUCACUGUGCUCACCAGAGAGGAGUGUGUCCAUCGCAUACCCUGGAUCGCGCCCGAGUGUGUGAAGAGUGCGUCUUCCCUGAGUGUUGCAGCUGACAAGUGGGGCUUUGGGACAACCCUAUGGGAAAUUUGCUAUGAUGGAGAGGAGCCACUUAAAGAAAAGAAGCUCACUGAGAAGGAAAGGUUUUAUGAAACCGAGUGCCAGCUUGCGACCCCUGAGUACAGAGAGUUAGCUGAACUGAUGAUCCACUGCAUGAACUAUGACCCAAAGAAGAGACCUUUCUUCAGGGCUAUUGUCAGAGACAUUGACAAACUGGAAGAAAAAAAUCCAUCCAUCAAACCACAGCCUGCACCUGAAGUGGAUCCAACUGUUUUUGAAAAGAGAUUCCUGAGGAUUAUCAGAGAUCUGGGACAGGGCCACUUUGGAAGGGUGGAGUUGUGUCGCUAUGAUCCCCGAGGAGAUCGAACUGGCGAAUUAGUGGCAGUGAAGUCUCUAAAGCCAGAGAAUGGACAGGAGAAGGGCAACAAUCUCUCGAGUGAAAUUAAUAUACUGAAGGACCUCUACCAUGAAAACAUUGUCAAGUACAAGGGCAUUUGCCUGGAGGAAGGUGGUCGGGCCACUAAGCUGAUAAUGGAGUUUCUUCCUCUGGGAAGUUUGAAAGAUUACCUGCCCGACAACAAAAGCAAGAUCAGUCUCAGCACUCUACUCACCUACUCCACUCAAAUAUGCCGGGGAAUGGAGUACCUGGGAUCUCAAAAUUACAUCCAUCGUGACCUGGCUGCCCGAAACGUGCUGGUGGAGAACGAGCGGACAGUGAAGAUUGGAGAUUUUGGCCUGACCAAAAGCAUUAAGGACAAUGAAGUCUAUUACACAGUCAAGGAUGACAAUGAUAGCCCUAUUUACUGGUACGCUCCGGAAUGCCUGACACAAUGUAAGUUCUACCUCGCAUCGGAUGUUUGGUCUUUUGGGGUGACCAUGUAUGAGCUCAUCACCUACUGUGACCCCAACAAGACCCCUAUGCAGCUGUUCUCCAAAAUGCUUGAUUCAGCUCAAGGUCAGAUGAUCAUUGUUCAUUUGGUCGGUGUGCUGGAGGUGGGGAAGAGGUUACCACAACCUGAUGGCUGCCCUGAACGUGUGUAUGAUGUGAUGUGCAAGUGCUGGGAGCACGCCCCCGAGAGGCGAAUCACCUUCAAGCAGCUCAUCGACGAGCUGAGCGACAUGCAGCAGCAGCAGCAGCAGCUCGGCUCUCCCAAAUGAAACGUCACCCUGGAUCGGUGCCUCGCUCGCUCGUUCUCUGAAGCCACGCGCUACUAACCUAUAGGAUCUCACUUCUGUUAGGCAUGCUCUUCUCUAAUAUGAUAAUCGGCGGCGUCUUAACAAUCCCAGCUCAUCGUGUGACCCUAAGGACCUCAUCUUAUGGAUGAGAGUGCUCCCGUCAACCAUUUUGCGUGGCUGGAUGUUUGUUUUUAUUUUCAUUUAAUUCCGAGUGCCACUCUUCUCUAAGAGGGAGCCUCCGGAGCCAUGGAAUCAUGUGUGACACUGUAAGUGGAAGUUUGGGCCAGCCUUCAUUUGCACACGACCAGAAAAUCACCACUGAUUUGUCCUUUUAAGGAUUAUGCACCUGAGCUGAGGAUGUCGUCGUCAUACAUUGAUAGCGCUUGCAUCCUGAUUGCUAAUCAGUGGCACGUACAUGGCUCGCACUUCUUGUAUGUAUAUUCUCCUUUGCUAGCGUGACAAAGUUAUUUUUUCAAAAAAAAAAAAAAAAAAAAAAAAGUUGCAGGACUGAUGAAUCUCACCUUACUUGUUAGUUUAUGUGGCAUUCUAAAUUGAAAUGUAUUUUAAAUGGUUAUUUUACAUUUAUAUCAGCAAUUGUAUUUUUAUUUGACAGUAACAUAGCACUCUGCACGUGAGAGGCUUUGAGCAAGACUUUAAUCGGACCAAAGUGACGGAGACAGAAAGGACACACUUGAGUCCACACUUUAAUUAGGAAUGUAAAAGACAAUUCCUUUUAAAAGAAAAAAAGACAACAGUAAAAUGUCCAUAGUUCUACAAUUGAAAAAUAAAUAAAACAACUGUC